GAAGGGAGAAACGGAAGAGAGAGAGAGAGAUCCAAGGGAGGCGCCGCUGGGCCAGAACCGCCGCUGGGAGGGUCCUCGCCGUUGCCGCCAUAGCCACGUAGCCGCUGUCUGGUCGUCAUCGUCGUCGCGCUCACCAGAACCGAGGCAGAGAGCAUCGGCGAGAGGAAGCCCGUCAACCCAUCGCCGCCGUUUGUCUUUGCUGCUUCCAACUGCGCUGUCGCAAAGGAGAGACGCGCGAGAGAAGAGGGGUCGAUUCUGUAACCACCACCGUGCCGUCGCCGCCGUUCACACCGUCAGCUCCGCGUAGAGCAACCAUGGCCGUCGAGGGUCCAUCCACGUCGUUGCUGAAGCUUGAACGCUGCUGCAACCACUGCGUGUCAUCGUCUUCAGAUCUGCCGCCAUUGGAGCGGAGCUUGGCCGUCUGCGCUGUAGGAAUUUGUCAUCGGAGGAGGGGAGGUGACAGUGGUGGAAGUUGUUGUUCUGCCCUGCUCACUGAACGGCGCAGGAAAAUUGCGGCUACAGCCGUUACAGGACGCCCCUACAGGCUGCAGCUACCAAACCCUAUUUCACUCCAAUUUGGGUUCCGGCUCUGGUUUGUCUAUGCCGAGUUUUGUUCUCCCGAAUGUCGAAGCUGCCAUCCUCUUGGGUUGAGUUCCGAUGACUUCAUGUCAAAAUUAAGGUUGUUGCUGAACCAUCAGAGCUUCCGGCCGCUAUCAGAGCGGCUGUCCGGUCAAUUUGGAAGCUAUUUCUGUGUCGUUCUAUUCUGUUUAUCAUGAAUUUCUGCAGUUGCUGCCGAUUAACAUGAGAAUAAGGAUUUAAUGGGUUUAAUUAUGCAACUUGCGACUAAUCGAGGUAGGAAUUUUUCUUAAAACCUAUUUUAU